GAACUGUGCGACGCCUGCAGCUGAAUCAUGUAGGGCACGGCAGUGUUUAAUCAGAUGCUCGGAGAAUGAAAACAAGAUGAUGAAUGUUUCCAUGGUAUGUGUGCAGCGUAGAGUGGGUGCACUUCCUGGAAAUCAGACGACUGUAGUCAACGUGGCCCUGACCCGGAGGACAACUGGAAGGAACGUCUUCUUUGGUGGUGGAAGCCUCGUCACAACAAAGCAUGUUCUAUCAUGCGCACAUUGCUGGAACAGGGAAUCUCUGAGCAACGUCAGUAUCUGGUUGGGUGUGUAUCGCAUGUCCUACUCCACGUUCUUCCAGUACAAGACCAUGGCACGAAGUGUGGAAAUUCAUCCGGACUUCGAUGUGACCACUUUGGCUAACGACAUUGCUGUUGUGCGUCUCAAAGACGAAGUGCCACUCUGGAGGUUGGGAGGCUACGUCAAUACCAUCUGCUUGCCUCCACCCGGCUUCAAAGCGCAGGAGUCUGCCUACGUAACUGGGUGGGGAUAUCUGUCGGAAAAUGGCCCGGUCUCAGACGUGCUGCAAGUAGUGAAGCUUCCUUUAGUCAGCUUGGACGCCUGCAAAAUGCUCAACAGGUUCCGCGUCACUGACACGAAUAUUUGCGCCGGCUACAUGCAGGGCGGUAAAGAUGCGUGUACCGGCGAUUCUGGAGGCCCAAUGUUUCAAAUCAUCGACAACAGGGCAGUGCAGAUAGCAAUCGUGUCCUGGGGUCGUAGCUGUGCCGUGCCAAACUCACCUGGGGUGUACACUGAUGUGGUUCCCUACCUGAGAUGGAUACACGGCAUUCUGUCUGCUGAUGGCAAGAACAACGUCAAAUUGAGCCAGUUCACAACAGAUACAAAUGGCACUCGACGUCGUGUUACCUACGUGGCAGUUCGCCAGCGGCGAAUACGUCUGAUUCCUGUGAGACGUCCACUACGAGGACGGGCAGCUUCCUAAUCAACCUAUCCUAAUCGUGAACGGUAGUAAUUCGAGGUCCAGUCCUGGCCACGGCGUAAUUUGUCAAAUCUGCAUCUCUCCCCAGCCCAUAUCGCAUAACAAGUGUGACAUUUCCGAAUGAAACAUCGGGAAGUUGAGGGACUGCAGUGAAGAAUGCUCUGACAUCACUUGGCCGUACCCUGGUGGUGUGCACGUAUAUUAACCUACGGUACGUGUGCUAGAGGUGAACUAUAAGGUGAAAUGUCAUGCGCGUCUCCAAACACGGUUGUACAUAUAGCUGGACCUAGACCCUGAAAAGGUGAGCUACUUAUCGUUGGAGAACGUGUCUUCAUCUCACCUUGUGUGACUUGAAGGAGUUACGAUGCUUUGUAAGACACGGUUCAUUACAUCAUGCCACGCAAUGUGCUUAAUAUCGGAGCGCUGAAGAUUUUGUUUUUUUCUACCUGUCGUAGUUGGCGAGAUACAGACCCUACAACAAAUGCUG